AAACAAAUUCAAACCAGUAAACAAACAUUAAAUUCUACUGCACAUAAAACAGUAUUUUUUUUCCAAAUUGAAUCGGGCAGCCCGUGCAGUCGGCUGCUGAGAGAGAGUGAUCCGCGGACCAUGACGUCCGACGCCCAAGAGCUGGAUAACGACUUCAACUACAACAUGGUCCUGGCCAACCACAUGGUGACGUACCUCCAGUCCGCCAUGGACCGGCAGCUGGUGCGGCGCUGGCUGGAGAGGCUGCGGCGGUACCGCCGCUCCCGGCGGCAGAUGGCGGUGCGCAAUGAGCUCAUGUACCGCCUCGCGAGGAACCUCAACGACGCGGCGCUGCGGCCCCCCUUCACCGAGGUGCCGCCGUCGGGCCCGCUCGAGGCCUGCUUGCACCAGCUGUCGAGCGACGACAGCUCCGGGGAGGAGAAGGAGCAGAAGGCGCCGGGGAAGGAGGAGGACAGGCCGUGGUGGGAGGCCGUGGACUCGGCCCGAGGCGAGCAGCGGCCCCUGGUGCACGACAGGUCGCCCGACGGCGGGGCCUUCCUGGCGGCCCAGCCGGUGCCUCGCUGCGGCGUCUUCUGCUACCUCGCCGUCGUCGCCAAGGGCAAGGACGGCGACAAGCGCUGACUAACCCCCAACCCUCCUUCCUCACCGACACUUGUGCUUGGCCCCGUCGUAAUAAACAGUGGUGUGACAUUUCAA